AUGUACAUCUCCGUUCAUGCCACUCAACCACAUCCAUAUCCUUUCGGUACUCCGGAAGAUCGAACCCGUGUCGGCCUCAUAGCCAAACACGUCUGCCGGCUGCCUUUCAUAAGGCUUGGCCCUGUACUGAAUGACACCACGAAGCACUGGCCAGACCCUUUACCGAAGGCACUGUACCGAUUUCUAAGAAAGGAUCAAGAUGGUUCCAGAACUAGGCCGGUAGAAGGGUUCAUGGCGUAA